CACACUGUCAGCUGUUUUUGUUUUGCUUUAUUUUCCCUGUAUUUUGAAGGUUUCCGCCUCGGCUCAUCGAAGUGAAGCAGUCCUUUCUUAUGAAUUAAUGCAAGAAGAACAACCGAACCCAGGCCUCCGAUCCAGGGAGGAGGGAGGGAAGGAGGUCGUUGGGAAUCGGGAUGGAGACCGGGGAGGGAGCCGACGGUCCUGGCGGGCCAGGACUGGGUUGUGCCUCUUUCAACCAAGACUCCACGUCACUGGCUGUGGGCACCAAGACUGGAUACCGGCUCUUCUCCGUCACCUCGGUGGACAAACUGGACUGCAUUCAUGAAAGCGACACUGCAGACGUGUACAUCGUGGAGCGCCUGUUCUCCAGCAGUCUGGUGGUGGUGGUGAGCCAGGCCCUGCCGCGCCGCAUGAACGUCUACCACUUCAAGAAGGGCACGGAGAUCUGCAACUACAGCUACUCCAACAGCAUCCUGGCAGUCCGUCUCAACAGACAGAGGCUAGUGGUGUGUCUGGAGGAGUCCGUCUACAUCCACAACAUCAAAGACAUGAAGCUACUCAAGACUCUACUCAACACACCUUCCAACCCCUCAGGUCUAUGCGCUCUCUCCACCAACCAUGCCAACUCUUACUUGGCAUACCCUGGCAGUGCCACCAUCGGUGAAAUCAUCAUCUACGACGCCAACAAUCUGAGUACUGUCACCAUGAUCCCAGCCCACGACAGCCCGCUGGCUGCAAUCACAUUCAAUGCAUCCGGGACCAAACUGGCCAGUGCCUCCGAGAGGGGAACCGUGAUCCGUGUGUUCACCAUUCCUGAAGGACUCCGGCUCUUCGAGUUCCGCAGGGGCAUGAAGCGGUAUGUGAACAUCAGCUCGCUGUCAUUCAGUCCAGAUGCCCAAUUCCUGUGUGCCUCCAGUAACACUGAGACUGUGCACAUCUUUAAACUUGAACAGCAUGGGCCUGGCGGUGAGGAGGAGUCCCCCACCUGGUCUGCGUACGUGGGAAAGAUGUUCUCGGCAGCCAGCAGCUACCUCCCGACGCAGGUGUCGGGCAUGAUGUGUCAGGACCGCGCCUUUGCCACCGUCCGCCUGCAGGUGGCAGGCCAGCGCAACGUCUGCACCCUCGCCACGAUCCAGAAGCUUCCAAGACUGCUGGUAGCCUCCUCCGACGGGCAGCUGUUCAUCUACAACGUGGACCCUCAGGACGGCGGGGAGUGUGCCCUGGUGAAGACGCACAGGUGGGCAGGUGAAGGGGUGGAGGAGGAGGAAGUGCAUGAGCUGUUUGGGGUAGAGGAGGAGCAUGAGAGGGGCGAGGCAGAGGGGGCCGCUCCCCCUCCUCAGCCGUCCUACGCUGCCGCUGCCGCCGCCACCGCUGCCGCUGCCUUGCCCACCACCACCACCGGCCCUGUCUCCGCUACACUCACCGGCUACUCUGAGGACGGCGGCGCAAGGAAGGGGGAGGUGAUCCCGGAGCAUGAGUUUGCUGCCGGACCGGUCUGUUUGGACGACGAGACAGAAUUUCCUCCUAUAAAUUGGUGCCGUGACGGAAGGCGGGGUGGCAAGGAGAGACGGACGUGAGAGAGAGAGAGACAGAGAAAGAGGGAGAGAGAGGCAGAAUGAGAGAAUAGAAUAUCGGCCACCGUACGCGGAAGGAAGACCACCAGAGCAUGCGCAACGGCAGAUAAAACAAACAAACAAACACAAUUAUUUCAGGGUGCUAAGUUAUUGUUGUUGUUUUUAAUAUGUGGAGAAAGAAACUAACAAGCAAAAAUGAGUGACUGAAUAGUUUGUCCUUAUGUCUUUGAGGCCAGGAUUGGGUAAUCAUGUAUGAGUAUCUGUGGGUUGUUUUAUGACUAUAUGAGCUGCAUGACUGAAUCAUAAUAACCAUGUUUUAAUAGCUACUUGACCAGAUAUUUUAUUAAUUACGUUGUAAUACUGUAGCUACUUCUUCUAUUUUUUUAUUUACAUUAUUAACAUCCUUGUAUUUAAUCAUAACAUGAGGGAAUUUAAAUAUUUCACAAUGUUUUUAUGUUGUCUGAUUUAUUUUUUUCUUGUGAAUUUGAUUUAUUGAUACUUAUUAAAUGUAUUAAAUGUUUACAUAUACUCAUCCUGAUUAAUAACUUAAUAACCAGGAUGUUUUGUAUGUAUGUGCCUAUGAUAUUGUUUGUAAGAGUGCAAAGUAUUUUGCAGAUUGCACAAAACCAAAAAAAAAAGAACCAAGAAAAGAGAAAUAAAAAUGUAGUAAGCUACCAUAGAGAUGGCAUUAUGCAAAGCA